UACCUUGAAGAGCUGUAAUCUAGCUAGCUAGCUGCAGGUAAGGUUCAUCAGACAGCAAGUGCUUUCUAGUUUCUAUCCCUCGCAAAAAAAUAGAAGUGCUUUCGCAACCGGAACACGAUCGCAUGGAGUUCUUCUCCGACGAGGCGUUAGCCAUCGUCGUGCCCAUCUUGGUGUACUGGGUGUACUCAGGUAUGUAUAUGGCACUUGGCCAGUCCAUGGAUAAGUACAGGCUGCAUCCCAGGAGGGAGGAGGACAGCAAGAACCUGGUGUCCAAACGCGAAGUCGUCAUGGGCGUGCUCCUGCAGCAGCUGGUUCAGGCUGCCGUCGCUGCCGUCGUCUUCGCCCUAACGGGAGAUAGCAGUAGCUCGUCGACGACGGCGCAAGACAUGAGAGGCGGCUCGCCGUCGUCGUUCCUGAAGCUGGCACGGCAGUUCGCGGUGGCCAUGGCCGUGCUGGACGGGUGGCAGUACGCAUGGCACCGGUACAUGCACCUGAACCGGUUCCUGUACCGGCACGUCCACUCGUGGCACCACCGCCUCGUCGUGCCCUACGCGUUCGGCGCGCAGUACAACCACCCCGCCGAGGGCCUCCUCCUCGACACGCUCGGCGGCGCGCUCGCCUUCCUCGCCUCCGGCAUGUCGCCGCGCGCCUCCAUCUUCUUUUUCUCGCUCUGCACGGUGAAGGGCGUGGACGACCACUGCGGCCUGUGGCUGCCGGGGAACGUGUUCCACCUCUGCUUCUGGAACAACACGGCGUACCACGACGUGCACCACCAGCUGCGUGGCAGCAGGUUCAACUUCUCGCUGCCGUUCUUCGUGACGUGGGACAAGGUCUUCGGGACGCACAUGCCUUACGUCCUGGAGGAGAGGCCAGCUGGUGGGCUGCAAGCACGUCCCCUCAUGGCGAGAGCCGCCAGAAGCAAUGGCCAUGAAAACUAGCUAGCGAGGAUACACGCAUGCAUAUGCACACGUAAAUCAGAUAAUAUAUAUAGCCAUAAAUAAAUAAACGUAUAUAUGCA